UUUUAUACCAUUUUAAUGUUAAAACAGUAUUACCAAUUCUUUAUAGGGGCUAAAAUUAUAAUGGCAUGCAGAGACACAAAGACAGCAGAGAAAGUGGCAGAAGAAAUUAGCAGCCAGACAGGGGGACAACUUGUGGUCAUGAAGCUGGACCUUGCAUCUUUAACAUCUGUUCGAUCAUUUGCUGCUGACCUUAAAGCCAGAGAAACAAAGAUUCAUAUGCUGAUCAAUAAUGCAGGCAUCAUGAUGUGUCCAUAUAUGAAGACUGAGAUGGGUUUGAAAUGCAGAUGGGCACCAACCACCUGGCCACUUUCUACUGACCUCCCUUUUGCUGCCUUUACUGACGCACAGUGAACCUGCUCGCAUCAUUACUGUCAGCUCUCUGGGACAUUCAAGUAUGAAGUAUACUCUAAAUAUACUUGGAACAACACCCUUAAUAGCAAUAAGUUACAGUAUAUUCCCAGUGAAUAAGGUGUGAGUUAGAUAUAUUUUGCAAAGCCCAUAAUUUU